AUGGACACAGAAAUCCCUGCGCUCCGCACGCGCAAACGGCGGUUGGUUCCGCCCGAAAAACGCAAGAAGGCGGCCUUUUCGUGCGACCGGUGCAAAGUGCGCAAGAUCGCGUGCGUUCGCCCCGGGUCGGGCGCCUGCGCCAACUGCGCGCGCACGUCGGCGGCGUGCGAGACGACGCUCCCGCGCAAGAAAAGAAUCCGCGGGCCCGUGAAAAACAUAGCCCUCCAUUACAAGUGCUUGUACGAGCUCGUGCGGGCGCAGCACCCGGAGGUUGACGCCAACAACAUCGACGCGCUCAUUGGGUUGGGCGAGCUGCUCGGCGUGGCGAUGCCGCGCGGCGAAAGCGACGACGAGGCGCUUGCGCUCCGCAUCACGCGCGGGCGCUCCGAAAGGGUCCAAGCGGCGCUGCCGCAGUUACAGUCGUUGGCGCCGCCGUCUUUGGCGCCGCCGUCUUUGGUGCCGCAGUUACAGUCUUCGGUGUCGCCCUCUCAGGCGCUACCGCCUGUUUCAUCGCCUGUCCCGGCUGUCCUGGCUGCGCCGGUUGUCCCGGGCCCCCCGUUCUCCGCCCCGUCCGUGCCCUACGACCCGGCAAUCGCGCUCCGCAGCUUCGAGGACGAGCAGACGCUGCCCAUUCUCGAACGCGUGCCGCAUGUGCUUUUCGACGGCGCCGGCAACCCGCAUCUCGUGGGCCCCUGGGGCUCGUCGUGGAUGCUCAAGUCCUUCUUGCAAGUGGUGGCCCGCAAGGCGCGCGCCAAGAUCCUGCAGUGGCCCACGUUCCGCGCCAUCCACCAGGCGGGGCUCAUUGUGUCGCUGCAGCAGCCGCCGCUGGAGCUUGCGGACGCGCGCCUUGCGGAAUGGCCGCGGCUCGUGUCGCUCGGGCGCCCGGCCGCCGACCGCUACGCCGAGCGCUUUUUCCGCCGCAUCCACCCGCGCUUUGUAUGUUUUUCUCGCGCCGACUUCGACGCGGACAACGCGCGGUUUUGGGCGGGCGAAGCUUGUCUGGCCGAGUCUGGUCAGGCCGAGUCUGGUCUGCGCGCGGCCGUGUGCUCGCUCUACAUGGUGUGGAUAUUGGGCCGAAUGGACGCGCAAGCGGAUGCGACAGAAAUAACAGAAACACCAAAAACAGAAGAAAAUGGCCCAAAAACAGACGAAAAUGACCCAAAAACAGAGCCAGCAAACACUUCAACAGAGCCAGCAAACACUUCAACAGAGCCAGCAAACACAUCAACAGAGCCAGCAGAGCCAGAGUCGCUUGGGCCCCUCGCGCCGUACCUCCGCAUCGUGCGCGCUUGCGUCGCCGACAUCGCCCUCACGCCCACGUUGCCCGGUGUGCGCUGUCUCCUUCUUCUCGCCCUCUACAUGGACAGCAUCAUGCGCCGCGAAACCGCCUACUCUUUGGUCGGGUUGGCCGCGCGCCACGCACUCAGUCUUGGCCUCCACCGCUCGACAGGAAACGUGCCCGAGGCCCGCGUGUGGUGGACGCUUUUCGUCUACGAAACGGCGCUUCUGAGCCAGAUGGGCCGCGCGCCGUGCUUGGGCGCAGAAAACUGCGCCUAUCCGUGGUGCAGCGACGUGGGCGACGCGGGGUUUGCGCGCGCGCACGCGGUCAAGCUUGACCUAGCGCGGGUGGCGCACGAGGCGCUUGUGGCGCGGCCCGAAUCCGUGUUCGACGCGCCGCUCUCGGCGCCGGCAGUCGCGCGCUUCGCCUUGUUCGAGCGCCGCCUUUCGGCCGUGUUCUGCCCGACCGCGGGCGCGCUCCCUGAAAACUCGCGCACGGCUUUGGACGUCGCGCUCUAUUUCCACAACUGCCGCAUGCUGUUGCUCGGCCCCGUUGUUUUGCACGCGGCCAACACGCCCGACUCCGUUCUGGCCGCCGCCGCAGACUUGGUUGGCCGCUGCCUCGAGCUGUGCGUGGCGGUGGCGCACAUGGCGCAACAAGCCGUCGACCAUGGCUUUUUCGGGCCCGUCCCCACCGCCAUUUUCGCCUUGUUCCUGUCGUGUAUGGGGUUGGUGCUUUUCCUUCUUGUAGACUCGGGCGCCGCGCUGUUUUCGCGCGCAGACGUUGACGCGGCGGUCGAGUGUUUGCGCGGCCUAAAAGUGCCCGAGCCAAUGCGCCGGCGCCCAUUCAUGGCCAAGUCGCUAAAGUAUAAGGACUUGUUUCUUGCCGUGUACGACCACUUGCAAGUUCAGAGCGAGCCCGGCUUUGAUCUUCCCGACUGGGACAACAUGUUUGGCGAUUUUUUCUGGAUCUUUGAGUGA